AUGGCCGACACUCAGACUAUCAUCAAGCGUGGGCAGACCCUCGCUCUUGCUGGCGAACUUGGUUCAUACGAGUGGCUCACGAUCGGAGCAGGAUGGGAGAGCGAGACGUCUGUUGAUCUCGAUCUCAAGGCCGUGCUUCUCGAUGAGAACGACAAGAACAUGGGAGUGGUUGAUUACUCGAACCUGACCGCGGCGGACGGAGCUGUUGUGCACUCUGGCGACAACCGGAGCGGCGCCGGCGAGGGCGACGACGAGUCGGUGUCCGUCAACGUCAACACGCUGCCCGAGGGCGUCGACUCGAUCGUGUUCCUCAUCGCGGCGUUUGGCUCGGCCUCGUUUGCGUCGGUGAGCAAGCUGACGGCGCGGCUGCAUGUCGGGCGCGGCGAGGGCCAGGAGGCAGUCGGUGCGUACGAGGUCAAGGGUGAGGACGGUGUGCGCGUUGUGCUGAUGGCGCGGCUCUUCCGCGAGAACGGGAUGUUCAAGUUCUCGGCGCUCGGCGAGGCUGCCGAUACGGCGGACAUUGCUGCGCUGCUCCCUAUUGUGGAGAAGAGCGUUGCGGACAAGAAGCCCAAGCCUGCGGCUCUUGAGCAGGGAUCGACGAUCAUUUUCGAGGGCCCGAGCAAGGUCAUGGUCGCUGUUGGGUGGGAUACCGAGGGUGACGUGGAUCUUGACCUCUACUCGGUGCUGAUGGACAAGAAGCCGAAGGCGGUGGAGCUUGUCAACUACUCGAACCUCAGCUCUGAGAACGGGUCUGUGCAGCACGGCGGCGACAACCGGCAGGGCACGGGCUCCGGCGACGACGAGCACAUUGUUGUGUCGCUCGACGAAGUGUCUGAGAAGAUCUCUGUGCUCACGUUCCCGAUCACGGCAUACGGCGACGCCAAGAACUGGAACAAGGUCCAGUCGUUCUACAUCCGGCUUGUCAACGUGUCGACGCCGACUGCGCCGCGCGAGCUUGCGCGGUUUACGCUCGACGGGCCUCCUGCGGGCGAGUACAACGCGCUGCUGAUGGCUACGCUUGCGCGGCACUCGUCGGGCGGAUGGGCGUUUGGCGCGGCGGGCGAGCCGAUUGUGGAGCGCGAGGUGAAGGACUCGAAGACGCUUGCCAAGGCACUCAAGGACAAGAUGAAGGCCAAGGCCAAGGCGCCGGACGCGAUUGCGCUGGCGGUGAAGGACUCGGUAACGGUUGAUCCUCGGGCGGUCAAGGUUGCCAUGGGCUGGCAGACCAAGGGCAAGAAGGCCGACUUUGACCUCAAGGCGCUGCUGCUGAGCGGCGACGGGUUCAUUGUGGAGGAGGUCGACUUUUCAAACAUGGUCUCGUCCGACGGCAAGGUGACGCACUCUGGCGACGACAAGACCGGCUCGCGCGACGGUGACGACGAGGUUGUGAGCGUCAACCUGCCUGGUGUGGGCAUUGAUGUCGAGUCGAUUCUGUUUGUGGUGGCCAACUACGGCGGCGCGCUGUCGGACGCCAAGUCUGCGUUUGUGCGGCUUGUGGACGACGGCGGCGACGAGCCGUACGAGAUUGCUCGCCACGACAUGAACCUCAACACGACCGAAAAGGCGCUGAUGGUGGCGACGCUUGCGCGCGUGCCCAACUCGCCACGGUGGUCGUUCACUGUCAUUGCCAAGCCGGUUGCUGCGCUCCGCAACGCCGACGUGGCGUCGUCGCUGCAGCGCGAGAAGAUCGGCGUGGAGCUUGCGCCGGGUGACAUUGGCUCGCUCGCGCCGCCGUCUGAGACGUUUGUGGGCAUGACGUGGAACACGUCUGCGGCGCUGACGCAGUCGAUGGCCGACAUUGGCUUCCACCUCUUCCCGUUUGCGGCGCUUGUCGACGCAGCGGGCGCGGUGACGGCGGUGGUGUCCGAGACGGCGCCGGCGUCUGCCGACGGGGCUGUGGUCUUCCACGGCGAGUCGCCGUACGACCAGAACGACGCAGCCGGACACUACGUCAAGUUCCCCGAGGUUGACGCAAGCGUGCACUCGAUUGUGUUUGGCGUGGCGCACUUUGACGCACACGGCUUCUCGCAGGUCGACUCUGUCCGCGCCCGCAUCUCGGACGUGGAGGGCGGUAUUGUGCAGGAGAUGGGCCGCUACUCGACGUCGUCGUCGGGGAGCCACCAGGGCGUGCUGCUGCUGAAGAUGGCGCGCGACUCGGCGCACGCCGGGUCGUGGUCUGUCUCGGCGCUCGGCGCGCAGACACAGGCACUGGGCUCCGAGGCCGAGCUCGCCGGUGCGGUCGAGGCAUUCCUUGCCGACGUCGAGUCGCAGGUCCUUACUCUCGAGACCGACGGCGUGGCGCGGAUGCUCGCGCCGCAGAAGGUGACGAUUGGGUUCUCGUGGCCCGAGGCGACGGCGCCCGAGGCGCUCGCGCCGGGCUGCUACACCCUUGACGCCAAGGGCUCGAUCGACAAGAAGAUCGACCACGACAAGACUGCGGCCAAGGACGGGUCGAUUGUGGUGUCGACGGAUCUCAAGUCAACGGACCCGUCGGCGGCGGCCAACGCGUCGGUCAUGGUCGACUUUGCGGCGCUCCCACCCAAGGUCACGCAGGUGCUUGUGGUGGCGACGACCAAGUUUGCCAAGAAGAGCUCGAUGACUGGUGCUGGGACCGGGAGCGUGGCGGUGUCCGAGGGCGAGUCGGGCUCGGGCCCGCUUCUGUUCCGGACGCAGGCCGCGACGAUGGACGGAACGCACAACGGGUUUGUCUUCCUCUGGUUUACGCGCGAGUCAGGCGACGCCGGCAACUGGAUUGCCAACGCCAUCAACCGGCCGGCGACGGCGGCCAAGCAGAAGGAGCUUGUCAAGAAGUUUGUGGCCGAGCAGGCUGCGCUGGAGGCUGCGGCGCGGCGGACGACCGAGCUUGCGGCGGGCCAGGUUGCGGCCAUCAACGCGGCCGACCUCCUCCGCGUGGGCGUGGGCUGGAACGCGGGCAAGAAGCUGCUCGGCCUGCUGAAGAAGGGCGCAGACCUCGACCUUGUGGCGCUCCUCCUCUCGGAGCAGGGCAAGCUCGUGGGCGUUGUUGACUACAAGAACAAGGAGUCUGCUGACGGGGCGCUGGUGCACUCUGGCGACGACCCGAACGGCAAGUCUGAGGGCGAGAACGAGUCGAUUGUGGUGGACCUGACCAAGGUCUCGCCGUCUGUGCAGGCCAUGGUCUUUGUCAUCACGGCGUACCAAAUCUCGUUCAAGAACAUCAAGUCAUGCUUUAUGGCGCUGUCGGACGAGGGCGAGUCGGGCGCGCCGCCGUUUGCGCUCAUUGAGCACGACGGGGCCGGCGACCACACGGCGACGGUCAUGGGCUCGGUCUUCCGGUCGGGCGCGGGGUGGAAGAUCAAGGCACUCGGGCAGCCUGCGAGCGCGACCGAGCACGACGCGGUGGUCGGCGCGCUCGACGCCAACGUAGGCAAGCCGCAGUCGCUCAAGCUCCGCAAGGGCGACUGCCUCGAGUUUGAGGGACCGACAACGUGA